AUGGCUGGUACUAAGAGAACCACUCGAAGCAAGGCCGCGCCCUCGAAGCGCUCGACCUCGCCGGUGGAGGAAAAAGUACAAGUCCUCACCAAGCAACAAUUCAGCAAGCUUAGCGCUGCGAUCGUCAAGCAGUAUGCCGAGCGUAACGGCCUUGACCCCGAGAUGGCGCGCAAGGACAUCGCCACAGCACUCUUCGGUGCAGACGACACCAUCCUCGCUGGUCACAGGAUGAAGUGGGCUGCUCCUUGGACUCCUCAAAACGCCCCGAUGUCUCCUCCGGCUGGGUCGAGCAACGCCCAGGCCGUGAACCACAGGCUCGAUAUCGAGGGCAGCAAGCAGCGCCUUCGUAAUGGCGAGAUCGCUGACCCGGCCGAGGAACACGCCGUCAAGGACGAGGUCAUUAGCGCCGCGCUGCUCUCGAUCUCAAGCACCAACGAAGCCGCCCGUCGCAUGCUCAACCGCACUACUGGCGCCGGCGAAGGUUCUCAGGCGCAGCCCGUUGUGGUUGACGUUGACGGCACACGUCCCGAUCACGCCUUCGCGAACCAAACCACCGCCGCUCCCGCCGAGGCCGCCGAGGCUUCCAUCAGCGCUACCUCGCAAAACUCGUAUCCCUCUCCCGCGGUUUCUACGCUUGACAGUCCGGCCACGGCGCCUCUCGCCGAGCCCAACACACAGGCGAAUGGCUCAUCGCGCAAGCGCAAGUCAUACGCCCCCGCCAAGCCCUCCAACCUUGGCAAGCGUACGCGCGACAGCGAGGAGGACGACAUGCAGGAAGGCGAGAGUGAAGAAGACCCCAGCGAACGCCCGGCCAAGCAGCAGCGCCGUACAUCAACCUUGCCUGCUUCUCAGGAGCCCUCCACCGCCGAGCAAGACCGCGCAACGCCUUCACCUCCCAACUCGCCUCGUCUGACUGCCGCUCAGAAGGGCAAGGGCAAAGUCGUUUCUCCGGCCUCGCCUCCUACGCCACACUCCCCGGCGCGCAAUCUGGCGCAUCCUCCCGCUGCAACCGCUGCAGAGCCUCGCGAGGAGGUCGUCGACCUUUCGCAAGAUAUCGAUGCCGCACACGCCGCAGCCUCUACCCGGGUACCCGCGUCUUCUGCUUCAGCUCAGUAUGCAACGGAACCAGCACCAUCUCACCCGCAACGUAGUCUCAGGCGGGAGCGCAAUGUGUUCCUUCUCUCCAACGCCGAGGUUGGCGCUCUCCACGAAGCACAGGACGCCCUUAGUUCGGCACAUACAAGGAACACCGACUCUCUUGCAUUCUUGCGUAAUAUUGCGCUGCAGGAGGAUAACGUCCGCCGGCUCGAGGCCGAGGCUAAGGCGAUUGUUGACGCUGCGAAGAGCCAGGUCGAGCAUGCCCGCAUUAUCCUCGGCUACGAGCAGAACAGGCGCUCUAAGGGCCGCGCGGAGCUCGACAGGCGGAUUAAACUGGCGGUUACGAGGGAUGAGGGGUGUCUGGAGUGGGAGGACGAGACGUUCAGCGACGACGAGUUGGAGCCAGUUUUGUACGCGGAUGAGCCGGACCGGAAGGAGGAGAUGUAUACCGAGUAUUUGGAGCAUAGGCGCUCUGCGGAUGAGUGGUGGAAGAAGCGUAUGGCGUGGAAGGCCCUUCUUCGCGGGAACAAGGAGAUGGCUAGGCAGAAAGCUGCGCCUUACACGGCGAAGGACGUACCUAAGCUCAUACAGGCGGAGCGGGAGCGCGCGCUGAGAGUCGUCAAGGAGGCGCGGGCCAGGCGCGAUCUCCGCGUAACGCAGGAGCGCCAGGCGAGGGGAGAGGAAGCGGGGCCCGUAGACCAUGAAGUGCCUUUCGUUCCUGAGGAUUUCGAGGGGAUUGAGGAGGAUGUGGACGCUGAGAACCCUGAGGGCGACGGAUGGCUUGUCUGGGACUGGUUCACAAGCCCCGAUAUCUGCGACGUGGAGAGUUGGGAGCCAAGUUUCGUUCAGACCGGGCUCGCAAAGUCUGAGUACUUCACUGUAUAUUAG